AUGUCUUCUCCGCCACUCCACACCGCCGAAGUCGCGCAAGUAUCCAACGUCGGGAACACCUCCAUCGACGAACCACCGCAAAAGAAGGGUCUACCACAAGCCGUUGAGAACAAGAACAUGGUCUCAAGCAAGAAGACGUCGCUUCAGCUGCCACCGCUCCUUCGACUUCCGCCUGAGCUGCGCAACCGCAUCUACUCUUUCAUCUUCCCAGCGCCGCCACCAGAGAUCUCUAAAACAUAUCCUCCGAACUUAGACUCAGGCGGAUACCACAAGAACUCGCACAAGAGCACGGGUUAUCUCUCCCAUGCGCUCCUCCAAGUCAACCGUCAACUCCGCCGCGAAACGUUCAAGAUCUUCUUCUCCGACUCCGUCUUCAUCUUCAACAACUUGAAGAAAUUGGUCAAGUGCCUCGAAGCAUUGCCUCGAGAGUCCGUGGAGGCCAUCAGAAACAUCCACCUAGACAUCCCAAGACUGGACAACAAACCGCCUAUGUCCGGACCCUACAACUCCAGACUUAUAUACCAGCAUGUCAUUGCGCAGCUACAGACCAAGCAGCAGCGGCGACUGGACGUUCUUCUGGCCAACUCGGGAGUGAAGGACUUGAGCAAGGACGCAGUGAAAAUCUGGUUUCAGACCGCUCUGGGCUUGGUCAUGCUGCGCUUCAGAGCCGACUGGAGAGCAGAAAUGUUGGCGCAGGAGGAAAGCAUUCACGAGACCAAGCUCGACGUGAAUAUGCCAAGCCAUUCGUUUGCCUCGCAAAACAAAUUCUUUCAGCUCUUCAGCUUUCUUCCUUUCCAACUUCACCUGAACAACAACAUCAAAAUCAGCGCUUCCAGCAACUCUCCAAACUCGAGCUGGCGCAAGAUGGCCUCAUCAUCACCACCGACCGGCACGAGCAAGUUCGAGCAAGUCUCCACAUUGCCGCCGCUCCUCCGCCUCCCGCCGGAAUUGCGCAAUCACAUUUACGCCUUCAUCUUUCCAGCUCCACCGGCAGACUCCUUUACGGAGUCCCCACCUCACCCGCUCCAUCAUCCCACCGGUACCGCCCAUCUGUUCCCUGCAAUCCUCCGCGUCAACCGUCAGAUCCGCCGCGAAGCCUUCGAAAUGGCCUUCUCAACCACCAUCUUCGAAUUCACAAAGUCGAGCGCCGUCAUCAGCUACCUUCGAACCUUACCUCGCGAGUUCGUGGAAGCCAUCGAGAACAUCCACCUAACCUACCCGGGCUGUGUGGAGAUUUUCGAUACCCAGAGAAAUAUGCACUUAGUGUGGAUCGAGGUCGCAAUGACGCAGUGUUUUGAGCUUCACACGCUGAGGGUCAUGCUCGACACAGGCGGUGUCGAGGGACUGAAGGAUGGCGUGGCGAAGGUCUGGGUUCAGGUUGGUGUCGAGGGUGGGUCGUGGACGGCGAAACCGAUGGGCUGCUUCCAAAAAGCUCAAAAUAGAAGGCUUGCGGGAGAACCACUGUCGUAG